AGCAAAAGAUUCUUUUAAAAUAUGGUUAAAUCACAAGAAUGUUCAUUCUAGCUUAAGCAAACUAAGAAAUAUCAAAAAAUUGAUAGAGAAUAGCGUAAAAUUGUCUUAGAAAUGCUUUUCAAAGAAAAAUUAUCACUUUAAGAGGUAUUCACCAUAUUGUUAAAUUACCUUACUAUAUACAACUAUAUAUUGUUUAUAUGACAAAUCCUUUCUAGGUAGCCAACAGACUUCAGUUAAAGUAUUGUACAGUCAGAACGAUUCAAAAAGCAUUUGAAUAGGAUGGUCGUAUAGGAAAAAAGGAAACCAGAAAAAAGAAGCUUAAAGUGUAGAGCAUAUUAAAAGUAUCAGUCUUGAAUCCUUUGACUUUAUAAAUUUAACCUUUGUGUGUUCAGACUGAUACAACUUAAGUAAAUAUUUAUAUGAAAAGCUUAGAUCUAUAUUGAUAAACAGCCAUCCAUUGUGGAUCAAUUAAAUUUAGCCAACGAACAGAAAUAACUCAUAUCAUCCCAAUAUCAGAAGUUGACUUAGACUUUAACUUCUGAAAUUAAAAAAGCCAAUUUAGUCUAACAACCGAUACUCCAAAACUUAUUUUUAGCAUCCUAGAUGGUACUCAAAUAGAUUCUAGACCCAAAACCUUAAAUUUAAGUUAAACAAGAAUUCGAUUCAGUAUCCACCAGUCCCUACUCUUUUUAACCAAUCUAAUAAUACCCUUAAUUUUAUCCUUUCCCUCACUCUUUUCUCCGAACAUGAUGAUAUACAUAUAUAUAUGUAUGCAUUUUUAAUCUCAAUCUCCA